AUGGACUCCAAAACUCUCGAUACAGUCAUCCGAUUAUGUGAACUUGCUUCCUCAGAAGAUGUUAAUGCCAGGGAGAAAUGGGCUGUACAGAAUAUGGAUGAGGCAAUUAUUGGUCGUUUAGUUGAUAUCAUUCAGAUGAGCAUAAUCUUUGGGUUUAAAGAAGUAGGCGCUGAGGAAGAUCCUUGCUGUCUUCCUGGGAUGUCUAAAGUUGUGAAUAGUUAA